GCACACGUCGGGUCCCCAGAGGGUAUUUAAGGGCUGCUGCUGCCCGUGACGCCUCAGUCCGGCCAAGACGGCGACCUUGGAGCACCUGGGUUAAGAGGGAGCAGCCACGUGAAUGCACACCGCCUGCAUUCCCAGUCCCCAGCCCGCGCCUCUGCAGAGGUGGGUGAACGUGGGACCCGGGAGAGGCUCUCACUGAGUGCCGCCCACCAACACCUUCCUCCCCGCCCACCAACCCAGCCCCAGUCCCAUCCAGCCCACUUGGGCAAGACAACCCGGGUGCGAAGGACAAGCGAUUAGGACAGAAGAGCUAGAACGCGGAGAGGAGCAGACAGGGUCCUCCUGGAAGGAAGGCGCCACCCAGAGCCAGGCAGUGGCGCUGCAGUGACACGGGUUGAGGACGCUCUUCACUCAGUUCGAUCUGGCCACAGUUGACCACAGCUUCUACGACGCUCCCAUUUAGACCUCCGGGAGCUCCCUGAACCAUGACCCUCUUCCAAAAGGAGGACCCCCGCAAUCUGGGCGGCGGCUGGCCAUCCUCUGCCCGCUUAGGCACCUGGUCUUCCUGUCAUCGAAGGCUCAGAGGCGCCCCUAUGUCCAAGCGACGACGCUACAGCUACGGCCCCAAGCCCGGGUACGAGCCCCCCAGGAGAAAGCCCAAGCAACCGCACGGCCCAGGCCCUUGGUUCCAGCCACCGCUUCGGCCCUGUUGGUACCCUGACUGGGGGCGCUGCGGGGGGCCCUGGGGCCCCCCUCCGGCCCAGUUCCGGAAGCCGCCCUGCCUGGUGGAAAUGAUGCAGGUGUAUGGCGUGCAUCCGCUCUGCCAUUGCUCCUGCUCUUGCUGGUGCGCUCCCUGGAACCCGGGCUGGGCCAGCCCCCCCUGCAGGAAGAAGCGCUGGGGCCGCAGGGGCCGUCUGCGACGCCCCCCUCGCCGCUCCUUCCCCAGGAGCCCGCCCGUCGAUCAGAGCAUGCUGCUGCAGCCGGUCAACCUGUACAGCUGGCGGGCGCCGGGCAUGAGGGCGCCGCGCAACACCACGCAGUACCUCAUGAACCAGAUCUACCAGGACUUGGAGGAGGAGGAGGAGGAGGAGGAGCUGGAGCUGCAGGAGGAAUGCCUGGAGGAGUGUAAUGCAGAGGAGGAGUACGAGGAGGAGGAAUUUGCUGGAGAGGAGGAGGAGAGCGAGGAGGAAGAGGAGGAGGCAGGGACAGAGGAUGAAGAUGUACAGGAGGAGGAGGAAGAGAAAGAGGGAGGCUACGAGGAGGAGAGAAAAGAGGAGGAAAAGGAGAGGGAGGUGGAGGAACAAGGGCUGGAGGAAGAGCUGAGAGACAUAUAAACUCACUUGCCCCUGGAAAUGCCUUUGUCAAUCUUAGUAGGGGCUGAAGAAGAAGAAGGAAAGGAUUUUAUGAACUAUUCUUAUUUAAGCCUAGCCCAGAUGAUUCCAGAUGUGCCACAAGAAACUCUAUUCAUGAUCCCGGACAUUGACCGUUAGAUAUCUGAAGGGAAUUGGUUUGAGAUUAAAAUGGAUUAGAGGCUUAUUAAAAUCUACCUUAAAAGUGAGUUCCACUAAUAAACAUGUCCAUGUACAUACCUUCUUUGGCUAUUAUAAA